UCCAGACCGCCACAGAAAAUUUCCCGGACUCUUAAAUUAACGUCUCUUUUUCUGAAAUGCGAACAGCGCGCGCCUCUUCCUUGCUCGGGCGACGUCUUUCUGCUUCUCUUUUGCAAUUUUUUGAGGAAAUUUUACGACUUAAAACAUAGACAACCACACAUAGACUUCUAAUCAGCAACCAUGUUACUCGAGCCAAAGGAUUUCCCGCAGAUGUGGCAGAAACCGUCAAGUGAUGACUUACUCAACACACUGAAGCAAUUGGAACUCAGCCCUCCGAUAUGGAGUCACAAGCGCAGGAGAUCCGACAUCAUUCAUGAGCAGGAAGCCACGGUCUACUUCCGGCGCGAGGUGUCCAUGUACCUGUCAUCUAUCAUCAAGAGCAGUCUCUCCUGGAUCGAAGAUGCCGAUGAGAAGGAGGAGAUCUGGUCAGAGGCCAGCCGCAGGAUGGCGGAGCGCUGUGGAAGAACAGCCAUGGGCGAGAUCACGCGACAGUGGCCCUUCCGGGAGGACGCUCUCACUCCGACAUUCGAGCUCAUCAUCCGCGAGCCGCCCCUGACAGGCGACUCACUCGGUCACAAGACAUGGGGCUCGUCGUACGUACUGGCGCAACACCUACCGUCUAUCGGCUCCACCGCCCUGUUCCGCCUCUUCGACGAGUCUCUCGGCCAGCCUCGACCGUCCGUAUUGGAGUUGGGCUCCGGAACAGGCCUGCUUGGACUCGCCGCCGCGGCUUUGUGGAAGGUCCACGUUAUCUUGAGUGACUUACCGGACAUCAUGUCUAACCUGCAGCAUAACGUCGAGGCCAACCGGGCGACCGUGGAGAAGUUUGGCGGGUCACUGAACGCAGGAGCCCUGACCUGGGGUGGUUCAGGGGAAAAUGAGGUUGACCAAAGCUUGUUUGACAAGAAGAACCAGUUCAAGGUUGUCCUCGCCGCUGAUCCACUCUACGACGAUUGUCAUCCGGGCCUUCUGGCUGGCGCUUUUUCGCAACAGCUUUCUACUGAAGACGACGCACGCGCUGUUGUGAUGGUUCCUUUGCGAGACGAAACUACCAAACGGCUUUUGAGAUUGUUCAGAGAUACCAUGGGAAGUCAAGAGAUGUCUCUGGUGUGCAUUGAAGAGGGGACACUUGAUGGCCAGGACGAUUGGGGCGAGGCCGAGGAGGGCACCCAAGUGACAUGUUGGUGGGGCAUCUUUGCACGCAAGCAAUAGGUCUAGACUGCGAUGCGAAUAAUUUCUCGACUUAUUAAACAAGCGAGACCGGCAUGGUCCAAGAGGGUAGCCAAAGGGCGAGACCAGACGUGAUCGCAGGCGUACAAUAUAUGCCGAGCUACCCAACCUAGACUU